AUGGCUGCAAGGGCUGAUGCUGUGGGCGACAGCCUUACUGGCUUCUACGCGAAGGUGGACGAGUUGGAGACUUCUUUCAUUGAAAGACUGGAAGAAGCAGUCAAGAUCCCUUCGGUAUCUGCUUACGCGGAACGAAGAGAAGAUGUCUUCAGAAUGAGCGAAUGGAUUGCCUCAAAGAUGAGAGAGCUAGGAGUGGAGGUCACAAUGAAGCCUUUAGGGAAACAGCAAGACAAACCUGACCUCGAGUUGCCCCCUCUCGUCUUGGGUCGGUAUGGCAACGAUGCUGAGAAGCCAACCGUCCUCGUCUACUCCCACUACGAUGUUCAACCUGCUGCUCUUGAAGACGGUUGGAAAUAUGACCCCUGGGUUCUCACGAUCGAAGAGAAUGGUCGGCUAUGUGGUCGAGGAACUUCGGAUGAUAAGGGCCCGCUAAUAGGAUGGCUCAAUAUGAUUGAGUCUUUCCAAAAAGCGGGCGUUGAGGUCCCGGCGAACCUCGUCUUCUGUUUCGAGGGCAUGGAAGAGAACGGGUCCUUUGGCCUGCGCAAAGCCUUGGAGGAAGAAGCGCAAAACUUCUUCAAAGACAUUGAUGUGGUCUGCAUCACUGACGUCGUGUGGGUCAGUGACGAGCAGCUUAGCAUCCCUCAGGGCUUGAGAGGAAUCAUCUUCUACCUUCUCACCAUCACCGGCGCCGAGAGAGACGCUCAUAGUGGUGGCUUUGGUGGGCAGAUCUCCGAGCCAAUGACCGAUAUGGUCAACAUCAUGUCUUCGCUCGUGGAUUCGAACGGCAAGAUUCUUGUGCCGGGUAUUUACGACACGGUGCAAGCCGUGACGAGAGAAGAGUAUGACAGCUAUAACAAGCUGAAUAUCUCAGACGAUUCUUUGCUUGGGGGAACGGGCGCCAGAAGCCUCCACAAGACCCAAGCGGACGCCUUGAUCGCGAGAUGGAAGAAGCCAUCCCUCAGUCUUCACAGGAUCGAAAACGCGACACCUGGCGCAGGAGCCGUCACUUCAAUUCCUGCGAAGCUUGUUGGCAAGUUCAGCAUCAGGACAGUCCCCAACAUGAAAUCGCAGGAUAUCGACAAGCUUGUUCAGAAGCAUAUUCGAGAGAAGUUCGAGGCGCUCGGGAGCAAGAACGAGUUGGAUAUCAACUGUGCUGACCAAAGUGACUGGUUCUACGAGAGCGCCGACCACUGGAACUACCAAGCCGCAAUCCAGGCGACCCAGAACGUUUGGGGUGUUGAUCCAGUCCUCACAUGCGAAGGCGGAAGCAUUCCCAUUGCAUUGGACUUCAAGCAGAUUCUUCAGAAGAACGUGCUUUUGCUUCCCGUUGGACGACCCACUGACGGAGCUCAUACCAUCAACGAGAAGCUGGACAAGAACAACUAUCGGUCGGCCAGAAACGGCACCAUGUGUCGACAUCAGUCAUCAGCGGUCGCAGACGUGAACACCAACUCCAACUUCAAGGAGGUCGUCACAAAGCAUACCGACAUUGAUGUGACGAUUGACUUCGAGCGGACCGUGCUCGUCGGGUCAACAAUCAUUACGUUCGAGUCAAGACGCGCGAGUCUGACUGAAAUCAUUCUUGACACCAGCUACUUAAUUGUGAAACAAGCUACCAUCAAUGGCACCCGGGUUUCUUGGGACUUGAAAGCCCCAAAAGACGCCAAUGGCAGUCCCUUUCAUAUCUACCUCGAUCGAGCCUACGAAAAUGGAGAGGCUUUCAAACUUGCCGUUGACUUCGAAACAACAACGGAGACAACUGGCCUUCAGUGGUUCAAGGCUUCGCAAACAGAUGAUAAGAAAUAUCCGUUCAUGUUUUCCCAGGGAGAGCCAGUCCACGCACGCUCCAUGUUCCCAUGCCAGGACACUCCAUCCAUCAAGACAACUUUCGACAUGACGAUUCGGUCCAUCUUACCAGUUGUCGCGAGUGGUAUUCCUGAAAAUGAGCUAAUCUUCCCUCCCGUUCAGGAGCCACUAGAGCUCAAGACCUACAAGUUCAAACAGGAGAUUCCAAUCUCAAAUUAUCUGUUCGCGGUGGCUAGCGGGAAUCUUGCGGGAGAGAAGAUUGGUCCUAAGAGCUAUGUUUACUGUGCGCCUGGUGAUCUCGAGGCCUGCAAGGCGGAGUUCAGACCCGAUCUGCAAGCCAUAAUUAAAUCUGCGGAGAAUCUCAUCUUCGAGUACCCAUGGCCGCUUUACAAUCUCGUUGUCCUGCCCAAAUCGUUCCACCUAGGAGGCAUGGAAAACCCAGUCUUCAACUUCUACAGCGCCACUGUUGUCUCGGGCGACCGUGAGAACAUUGGAGUCGUAGCCCACGAGUUCGCUCACAGCUACAGCGGUAACCUUGUCACCAAUGACGCCUGGGAGCACUUCUGGCUGAACGAAGGUUGGACUGUCUACAUAGAGCGUUGCAUCCUGCGAGACCUCCGCGGGGAAGAGGCAGUCCAGCUUGAAGCCAUCGUAGGAUGGCAAGAUCUGCUCUACAACAUUGAAGCUUACGGCGGUAACGAAAGCGUGUUCACAAGUCUCGUUCUCGAAUUUCAGGGAAAGAGGCCUGAUGACAUCAUGUCGAAGAUCUCCUACGAGAAGGGCUACACCUUUUUGUGUUUCCUGGAGCAGCAGGUGGGAAGGGAGAAAUGGCACAAAUUUGUUCCUCACUACUUCAAGACUUUCUUCGGCAAGAGCGUCAACUCUGAGCAAUUCAAGAGUUGCGUUCUGGAUUUUUUCUCCCAGGACGUCCACGCCGCAGUUGCGCUUCACGCAGUUGACUGGGAAACCUGGUAUCACAAGCCCGGUGCACCGCCAAAGCCUAUCUUCGACUCCAGCCUCUACAGAGAUUGCAUUGGAUUAUGCGACAAGUGGAAGAUGCUUGGCUCAAACGAAAGUGCCUUUACGCCCUCGUCUAAGGAUGUUGAGGGCUGGACAGUUGGACAAUUAUUAGUCUUUCUUGACCUUCUGAUUGAAAGUUCCAGUCCUAUUCCCAAACAGUUCAGCCACACAUUGGGUUCGCAGUAUGGUUUACUAUCCUCAGGAAAUCUGGAGAUAGUUAGCCGCUACCUCCGUGUUGCACUGCGAGCACGCGACGAAAGUGUCUUGAAGCAGACCGAAGAGGUUCUUAGCCAGACCGGCCGUAUGAAAUUCCUCAAGCCACUGUUUGAGGGAUUAUUGUCAGUCAGCGAAAAGUUGGCUGUGGAGUUGUUUAACAGACAUCGCGACUUUUAUCAUCCGACAUGCUUGAGGUUGCUGCGAAAUGUGCUUGAGAAGCAUGGGCUAACUGUUGGUUGA